AUGCAGCUCUCCGCGUCCGUUCCGCCCGCAAUCGCCACGCAAGGCUCUCCACGCACCAGAGCCGGCCCGCCGCGGCGCUCCCGCGCCCCAGGCCGCGUCCACGCGGCCAGGCGCGACGCCGAUCGCGCCGUCCGCGUCGAGGACGCCGCGCGCACCGCAGCAGGCCGCGUCAUGGCCGCGGUCCUCGCAGCAACCAUCACCGCUGGCAGCGUCGCGCCCGCGGCCGAGGCCGUGCUCAACUCCCCGAACGCCCGCAUCGCCCGGCGCGUUGACGUGGCGCUCCGGAGGUCCACGCCCGCGUUCAACGAGCGCGUCAAGGAGGCCCAGGACAUCUUGGAGGAGCUCGCCUUCCUGCUCCGCAUCCCACAGCGCAAGCCCUGGUCCGACAUGUACAAGAACAUCCUCGCCGCGGCCAAGCUGGCCGCGGACACCCCGGCGAUGCUGUACGGCGUGCCGACGGACAACAAGUCGGUCGAGCUCGCCAACAAGUACCUCGCCGACGCCGUGGACUGCAUCGACCGCGCCGCGAGCGCCAUCCAGGCCAAGAGCCCCGACCAGACGUCGCGGUACGUCCAGGCCGCGCUCAGCAACAUCGCGCAGCUCGAGCUCCUCCAGGCGCCGGGACUCCCCUUCCAGGUCCCCGUCAAGUACCGCCAGUACCCCAUCCUGACUGGACGCGCUGUUGUGGAGAUGACGCUCAAGCGGAGCCCGCGCAACGCGGACCUGCCGUUCACGAACUACGCCACGGGCGCCAGGUCGGACACCGCGUCGGUCGAGAUCACCGUCGACGGGUACUCGGCGCCGGUCUCGGGCGGCGCGUUUGUGUCCGCGGUCCUGGACAAGAAGUGGGAGGGGCAAACGCUCGAGAUCCCGCCGGGGCCGUCGGUGUUCGUCGGAAAGGACAUGGGGAACCGGAUUCCGCUCGAGAUUCUUCCGAUCGGCGGGUUCGAGCCCGAGUACGGCAGCCCGCUGGAGGUGGCGGACGGCGAGCUGCCCGUGUUGCCUCUCUCGAACUUCGGUGCGGUCGCCAUGUCCCGUCCGUUCAACGCGGAGCAGUCCGAGGUCUCCUCGGACCAGUUCUUCAUUUAUUUGUUCGACCAGGGGCAGGCGGGGCUCUCUGGCCUGUCGUUCGACGAGGGCCAGUUCGGCGUGCUCGGGUACGUGACGGGCGGGGACGGGGACCCGGAGAGCCUGAUGAAGCAGGUGCAGCCGGGCGACGAGAUCAUCUCGAUGAAGAUCAUCAGCGGCCGCGACCGCCUGUUCCGGCCGCAGAAGGCGGAGGACCAGGUCGGCUGA